GGUGAAAUUCUUCCUUUGAGGUUCAUCUGGUGCAUUUUUAUUACGCUAAUAGAAAUUACUGAAACAACGUGAGUGAGUAAAUAAGUCAUCAGUGUCAAACAUGUCUGAUAAACUUAUCGGGCCUGCUUUGCCACCGAUGUUCAGGAAGGACAGCGAUGAGGACUCUGAUAAUGAAAAAGGAUUCGCUGGCCCUGCUCUGCCUCCGGGUUAUAAACGGGGAGAACCGUCGAGCUCCUCGGAUGAGAGUGAGCAGGAGGUGUCGUUCAAACGAGCCAAGACAAGACACACAGAUGGAGACAGGCCUGCAGAGGUGGAGAAAACAAAGAUACAAGAAGAUGAUGAUGAUGGUUUCUUUGGACCAGCUCUCCCACCAGGAUUUAAGAAACAGAGUUCACCAGAAAGGCCACCUGUGCUGGGACCAGCUUUGCCUCCUGGGUUUCGCAGAGCAGCAUACGAUAACGAUGAUGAUAAUGAUGGUGAAGAUGGAGAGGGCUUCCCUGGGCCUGCCCUACCCCCAGGCUACCAGGCUGAGCCCUCAAGCAGCGAGGGAGAGGAUGAAGAUGUGAUUGGACCCAUGCCAGCCAAAGGGCCUAUAAAGUAUUCUGUGGCUGAGGACUUUGAGCGCAGAGCACAGAGGAUGAAAGAGAAGCUGACAGGAGAGGACACUCCUGAGGUGCUAACCAGAGAAACAUGGAUGACAGAGCUUCCACCAGAAUUGCAGCACAUUGGCUUAGGGGCUCGAACUUUCAAGAAGAGAUCGGGUCCAGAGAACAAAGAUCGCUCCAUUUGGACGGAUACACCAGCAGACAGGGAGCGCAAGGCUAGGGAACGCCUUGAGGGCAAGAAGAAGGGCGAGGUGGAGGGAGACAGUGUCCCACAAGUCCACCAUAAGGACUUGGAAAUGGCCGAGAAAGUGUCUAAGUAUAACGAGUCUAAACGUGCUGAGUCUCUGAUGACUUUGCACACAAAGAAGAUGAAGGAAAAAGCAAAGGAGAAGGCAGACAAACCAGUGGAGAGGAGACCGUUCGAUCGGGACGCAGACCUGCAAGUGAAUCGGUUUGAUGAAGCCCAAAAGCAGCGGCUGCUGAAGAAAUCUCAGGAACUGAACACACGGUUCUCCCACAGCAAGGACCGAAUGUUCCUGUAAAAAAACAUAAUGUAAUGUGUUCUAAUGUGCAGACCUUCAGCUGCAGUCUAGCUGGUGAAAUUUUCAUACAGGGUUUUUACAAUAUGGACUGUUUCUACAGAUACUAAGGUGUUACACAAUUGGAACGUAUAAUUUUGUGUUGGUCUAUGAGGUAAACUAAACUGUAUGAAAGACCAUAAAGAUAAAGAUACGGAUGAAAAAUGUUUUUGUCCAAGUGCAAGUGUGUGUAAUCACAAAUGAUAAAUGAAUGGAUUUAUUAUAAUACUGGAUUGUUAAAUGCUGCAUCAUCUCCUGCAUUUUUCACUAGCCUGUCGAAGUGCACAAUGAACAAUGAUUCAUAUUCACUUAAGCCCAUAACAUAUUGUUAGAUAUAAUGGAAUGGAAUGGAAACUGCUUUUUUUUCUUACCUGACUGGUCUUUGUCCAUCCAGAUCAGCCCACGACUCAAACUGCAAGAAAGUUUGAACCUUGUGAUUGAUUCAUUUGAUUUUAUGUAAAACCUUUUGUACAGAUUGCUGUAAAAUGCAUUGUUAUGCUAAAUACAGCCUUUGUAGCUUUGUAAUCUUUCAUGUGUCCAGUAAACUUUUGCUUUUUUUUUUAAAUGUCUCGAAUAAACUUUGUUUCGUAA